AUGGAUGAUCUGGUUAGCAGCUCAUCUUUGAAGAGUGUCCUCAGCUGCAGUGAAGCGGAGGCUCAGCCGGAGGAGAGUUCCUGGACCGAUUACUUUGUGGAUUUCAUGAUGUCCGAGGAGGAGGAGAAGAGGCAAGGAGCCUCAUAUUGCACUUUUGAUCAGGAUGAUGAGGAGGAGGGCUCUAUGAUCUCCGAUGCCGCCUCCCUCGCUCCGGCGGCGUUGGCAGAUAGGUACAAGGGGCUCAAGAAGCUCAAGAAGAAAGUCUUCAAGGCUCUGGAUCAUGAUGAUUCAUUGGAGGAUACUGCAAGUUCUCCUGUCAAUAGCCCUAAGGUCAGUGCUUUGUCACAGCUGGAAUUCAGCCCUAAAAUAAGGUGCAAUGUUACGGACCUCGCCAAGGGGGCUGGGAUUGGCAACUAUUACGGGAGAGACGGAAUAGACUGUGAAGAUGCAGAUGCGGUGAUGGAAGGAGUGAGAUUUCUGGAUCAAAGCCAGAGGGGUAUAACUCCAUGUGCAGAGCUCAAGGACAAGGGGCUUUGUUUGGUUCCGUUGUCCAUGUUGCUCAACUACCAGGGCUAA